GUUUGAAAAACCACAAUGUCGCCUUCAACGUGCGUUCCGAUUCUGUCUAUGUGGCACCACAGUCAUCCCUCCGGUUAGGUAUUACAAGAGCGCUUUGAUAACCAGACGAUAACUCUCAAACUCGCCAAGGAGCAUUGUGGCGAUUUACAAGAGCGCGUAAUGGCAUUGACGGCAAAACUCGAAGUGGUGACUGCUUCUGCACGAUUAGAUCUUGCACAUCUUCAGGAGCAAAAAACAUUGCUCGAAUCAUCAAUUCAGGAUCAGAAGAUAUUGGUCGAGAAGAUGCUCAGGGACCAGAAAGCAUUGCUUGAGAAGACACUCCACGAUCAUAGCAGUCAUCUUGAGCGAUCACUACAAGAGCAGAGAACAUCUCACGAGCGCAAAUUGCAGGACCAGAAAAACGUCUGGGAGAAAAUUGUCACCGAUCAACAAGUGCUCUUCAACAAGAAUCUUGAAGACCAAAAAGCGGCCUGCGAGACUACUAUCAAGCAUCUACAAGAUCAGAAGCUAUCCGUGGACAGGUCCCUUGCACGACAUCAGACGGACAUACAGGCCCAGCAAGAAGCAGUAACCACCCUGAAGAUCGACAUAGCCAGACUCAAGGAGAGGUGCGAACAACAAAUCAAGUCCGAAGCUCAGAAACUGCAAGCCGCGAAUACGGAACGUCUCGAGGCAUUGAGACUUGCGAAGCAGAGGCAAGAUACACUGGACAGCCUGGCUAGCGAGUACGAAUCGGCGAAGAAGGAUGCUCAGAAAGCUCAGUCUGAACUGGAGAGCGGCAUUCGAGAUGCAAGAAUGUCGACAAAGCAGACACGAGAGUUGCAAGAAGAACUAGGACGCCUUCGCGAUAGGGAAGCGACUAUGCCGAAGCGAUAUGAAGCUGGACAACUGAGCGACGUCGAGAAGUCCUUUGUACAGUCUGUUAUUCAAAUGUAUAGGGCAACCUGCGAGCAAGACAUAGUCAACAAAGAAAAUGACUUGCGAUCGCGAGACAAUAUGAUUGUGUCGUUGCAGUCCAAGAUUGCUUCCGUGGAGUCGACCCUUGCCAAAUGCUUGAAGAAAUCUGGUGCGACGUCCAUGAUAGACCUGAACGCGUGGAUGUCGAGUCCAUUGACACAGCAGCCAGAGGUAUUUCCGUUUCGUAUGUCUCUCCAGCCCUUUCCAACCUUCUCAGGACGGGGUUCUUCCACACCCAGCCGCACGAACCUCCGUCUCGGCAUCUCCCAAACCAUUUGCUGCUCUCGCCGCUGAAGACGAUGAUGAUAUCUCUGAAGAAGAAACACAGCCAUCUACUUUGGGUAAACGAGACCGACCCCACUCACCUAUGACGAAAUUCGACGAUAAUCAACGCCCUGC